AUGGCCUUUUCCAAGAUGUGGGCCGCUGGGCCCAAGAGGCGGCGCGCUGAGCCCGAAGAGCAGCACGUGUUCCGGCCUGAAUGGACACAGCGCUACUUGGUGGUGGAACGAGACGAUGGCGAGGGUGCUGAAUGUCUGGUGUGCCGCCGCCCUAUCGUGGCCACCCGCGAACGUGAUGUGCGGCGCCACUAUGAGGCCGAACACGAGCACUACGAGGCCUAUGCAGCAGGUGGUGAGCGUGCAGCUUUGGUGGAGAGGCUGCGGCGUGGGGAUGCGCUGGCUGCAGCUGCCCUGUCCAGAGAGGAGCGCGCAGCUCGUGCAGGCCUGAGUGUGGCACACCUGCUGGCACUGCAUGGGCGGCCCUGGGCAGAGGGUGGCCUGGUGCGCCGCUGCCUGGAGGCCGUGCUGCGAGAGGCCCUGCCCGAACAUUGCCGCCUGCUUGACGACGUGGACCUGUCCCCCGAGAGCCUGGCGCAAAGAACCCUUGGCCUGGCACGGAACCUGCAGGCGCAGCUGGCUGCCCGUGGUCCAGCCUUCCAAGCCUUCUCGCUAGCGCUCGAUGACCAGCCCUUCGUGGGCGCUGAUGGCCGCCUGCUGGUGUUUGUGCGUGGGGUAGACCAGGAUUACGAGGUGGAGGAGGAGCUGCUGACUGUGGUGAACCUGGCCAAUGGCCCCACGGCUGCGCACAUUCUGCGCACAGUGUCCGACGCCCUGGCGCGGGCAGGUCUGCCCUGGGACAAGUUGGUGGGCAUUGCGUCCACGGGCACGGAGGCCUGUGGAGCGCUGGUGCCCCUCCUGCAGGAGCGGGCAGGCGGCACCCCAUUGCUGCACUGUGCUGGCCUGUUGCACCUGGAGUUGCUGGGCUCCCGCCAGCUGGACAUGGGCGAUGUGGUGGACACGGUGGCCGGCUGGCUGGCGCUGCUUCGUAGCCGUGGGGCCCGCCCACUGGCGCUGAAGCUGCUGCUGGAGGAGGCUGCCGCGCACCAUGGCACAGAUGCCAGCCUGCCAUGCCUGGGCAGCUGGCUGCGCACUGGCAAGGCCCUCAAGCGCGUUUUCUCACUGCGUCACGAUCUUGAGGGCUUCCUGGCUGAGGCAGGCGCGUCCACAGCAGCCCUGCGCAACCCCGAGUGGCUGUGUGACUGGGCGUUCCUGGUGGACGUGCAGGCGCACUUGGGCGAGCUGGCCGCGGAGCUGCGCCUGACGGGCACGUUCGCCUUCAGCGUCCUGGAUCACGUCAGCGCCUUCGGGGACAAGCUGCUGCUGCUGCAGGCGCAUCUGCGCGACGGAGACCUGACGCUGUUCCCUGCCAGCCGGGAGCUGUGUGCCGAGCUGGAGCAGCAGCAGGGGCCCGGGCAGCGCCACCUCCUGGCCUCCCCCCGCUACGGCCAGGCCCUGAGCCACCUCCACGCAACCCUGGAGAACCGCUUCGAGGACCUGCGCUCCGUCAAGAGGGACCUGGACAUGUUCGCGGACCCCUUCGCCUUCCCGGUGGAGAACGCGCCCGCCGCCAUCCAGGAGGAGCUGAUCCGCAUGAAGUCCAGCUCCACGCUGCUAAGCGAGUACCGGGAGGAGAACCUGGGCUCCUUCUACGCCGGCCUGCCGCCGGGCUGCUACACCGAGCUGCAGGCCGUCACCUUCCGCGCCGCCGCGCUCUUCGAUAGCAGCAGCAUCUCGGACAAGGCCUUCUCCUACUUCAUGAAGAACCAGGCUCGCCUGGCCCAGCUUGGCACCGAUGAGCAGCUGCACGCGCUGCUCCGCCUCGCCACCAGCAACCUGGAGCCGCGCCUGGAUGAGCUGGUGAGGGCCCGGAGCCGGUCCCUGGCCUGA